ACCGAAUCUUUCAUGCCAUAAGCAAAUGGCGUCCAUAUGAACAGUUUUUAAUUUUUACAAGCCACUGGAAUAACAUGAUUUUGAAAAAUUAGAAUGACUGAGGCAACCCAGGGUUUAUUGGCUAAUGCCACAAAGGGUAGACUUUCUACAAUUAAAGACACCUUGUCUGAAAAUGAUGUUGUCAAUAUAUGGGAGAAUGUUUCCAGUUACGUUGAAAAACAAAUGGCACAACACAAGGGUGUCCAAAUUCCUGGACUUGGCAUUUUUGCAAUUUCUGAAAAAAAGCUAGAGGUGGGAAAUAAUAAAUUUAUUCUAACUCAGAGACCUGUAUUUAAUGUUUCUGAAAAGUUUGCACAAAUUCAUGGGCUGCAGUUCCAAAAAUAUCAUAUGCCAGGAUCCAUUCCUGUGCUGCCUCUGAACUUUUCAUCAAUAUCAUUUGAAAGCCCUUUUGAUCGAGACACAGUUGAAAGAUGUGUUAAGGAAAUUGUCGGCUCUGUGUCCAGAGCUCUGGCAGCAAAAAGAAAUAUUGAACUCUGUUUCUCUGGCAUUGGAAGAUUAACCAUUAGAGACAGCCGAGUAAAGAUGAAGUUUUAUAAAGAAUUCAUCAAUCAGAUGGACCAUUCAGGAAAGCUAAUGGACUCAUUGAUGAAUAGAAUAGGAACAGCUGAUUCUGUAAUAUCAGAUAGAAUGUCUAGUCGACCCUAUACAAGCAACACUCUAAUACUACCAAAAAUUCAUUCUGGACAUGAUAGUGUAGCACAGAAUAAUCACAAUGGGCAUUUGUCUCCUGUUGUAGAAGAACCAGCGCUGUUUUCUAAUGAAGAAGUAACAUCAGAUGAAAUAAAUUAUUUACCAGAGCAUCAAAGUCCUGCGUAUGCUGCAGAGGUCAGAUUUGCAGAUCCUAUGGUAGAUACCCCUGAAUGUGAUUUCUCCACAGAGCAUGCGAUAGAAAACAUUAUGAAAGGGGAGGACCAGAUAAAUGUGAACUAUCAUCCCACUUUAGAACCUCAGUUCACUGAUCAAGAUAACGGCAUUGCAAGAGAUGAGAAUAAACAAACAGGAGGCAGUAGAAGUUUGUCUAGGGUGUCACUCCCCAUUGCUAAAGCAAGUGGUAUCAGUUUAACAGAUGAUCUGGCUGUACCUGUAGCAAGUCGGAGAGCUGGAACUGCUGCCAGUUCAGUCAGGAUGUCUGUGAGAGGGGAUGAACAUCAUGGACUAAAACCACCAACACCCCCACGGUUAUCUCCCCUGUCUAGAUCACAUAGUGCAGAUAACUUCCAAGACCGCGGCAAUGUUUUUAGAAUCCCCACCCCACCUGGAUCCUCAUGUGGUCAUCACUCAGCUGGCCAGGAGCUUUGCUACCUCUGUCAUCAGCGUGCCAGGUUGAAUGUGCCUGUCUCCUUCACUGAAGAGAAGAAAAGAAGAGAAGAAGAGGAGGAACGUCUGCUGCAACAGUACCAGGCAAUGAAAGAUGCAGAGGAGACUUUGAAGGAUCAGGAAAAACAUUUAGCACGUAGAUAUGAUCUUCAGAAAAUUUCUGCCUUUAACCUAGGAGUAGCUGAAGCUGUUCAGGCUAAAUUAAAAUCAAAGGAUCCUGAACCACCAAAAGCAUUCUUGUUUACCAGACGACCAUUGACACCUUCUAGAGUUCCUAAGCAAGAAGAAUAUCUAAAGGAACUUGAUAAACAGGUGGAUUCCAAGCUAAAAGCUGACCAAAAGAAAAAAGCUGAUGAUGAAUUUUUGGAGAGGCUGGAACAGGUGCAAUUGGCGGAGGAUCUAGCAGCUCAAAGAGAACAAUACAUAAAGAAUAAGAUGACAUCAGUGGACACAUACAAGAGAGCUCUAGACACCCAGUUGAGGUUCAAACCAGUGCAGAUGCCAGAUAAGGAGCCUGACAAUGAAGUAUUUGGAAAGAAUGACAUGAACAAUGAGAAGCUAGAAGAGCGCCGUCGACGUGCUUACAACAUUGCUCAGGAGCAGAAGGCACUCGUUGAACAAAAGAAAAGGGACGCCAUUCUUGCCAAGUUGGCUGAACAACAGGUGGAAGAGGAAGUAUUGGACAGAGCUAAAAAUGAUUUGAAGGAUGAGAGAGCCUUUAAGCACAUGAUUCAUUUCGACUCGAGAAGGCGGCUGGAGCAUGACUGGCAGAAGUUGGCUGCAGCCAAGAAGGCCAAGGAACUGGAGGAUCGACUGCACUCUUUGAAUCCUGGGAUACUGCUGCAUGAGCAGUGUGACCGCUACAACCGCUGCCGCCAGUGUAAGCGCAAGCUCAACAAUUGCGGUGAGACCAAUGUUUGGAGUGAGUCAAGGUAUGUCCCUGGUACAAGGAUCAUGGUCUAAAGCAAAAUCUCAUCAGCAUUUCAGAUCUAAUAUUUAUUUAUUUUAUUUUUUAUGCAACUAGUUGUAUUGCAAAUUGACAAUUGUUCUGGUAAUUAAGUCGGCUGCUUGAUUAACAAUAUUAAUAUGAUUUUUUAAAAUGGUUGUUUUACGUUAUUAAUUUUAAAUGUUAGAUUGAAUAGAAAUAAAAACUUAUGAUAAAUGAUUAUGUAAAAAACAAUGUUUUGAUUCAAAUAUUUGUGUAUUUUUAAAUAUUUAUUGAAUUUGGUUGCUUAUAAAAUGCUGUAUUUUAAGGGAAUUAUUCCACUAAAACUUAAAGUCUUAGUUGAAUUUAGACCGAUGUUGGGGAUAUCUGUGAUAUAAUCAGUAUUAUGUACUUAAUGUUUUAAUAAAUCACAUUUUACUUAAUGCACAUACCAUUUCUUGUAUAAUGUACAUAUGAAAAAUUUCAAUGUGACCAAACUGCUGAUAAUAUAACAUUUUAAUGUGUGAAAACUGACAUUGAUUCCUUUUAACUAUAAUUUUCAAAAGUAAAUUUCCAGCCCUCAACAGCAUUAACAAUAAGGUGUUAGAAAUUGUCACAAACUGCAUAUUGAAUAUAUUAAAAUAAAAUGCAGUGGAAAAAGUAACUUAACUGUUUUCAGAUCCAAAAUGUAAUUCAUUAUUUCUUGUUUAUUUUUAGACUGGUUUUUUUUUAGUGUAUAAAAAAAUGAACAUCAGCUACUCAGAAAUGAGAAGCAAGAAGAAUAUAUACAUCAGCUUAGCCAAUUGGAUUCUUUUGAUUUUUCUAAUGCAUUGUGAACAAUUUGUUCUUUUUAAAAUAGAAGCAUCAUUUGGCUAGGAGUAUCUGUACUAACUACAUUUUAAAACUUUUAAAAAUAGUUUCUGUGUACAACUAACAACUUUUGGUGGCACUUUGUUGGAUGUUUUGAUUUUUAAAUGUUGAUGUGUAUAAAUGUCUGAAGCCUUAUAAUAGUUUUUUUGUUUACUUUUACAAAACUUUAUGAAAGAGAAAUUUAUUUCUCCAGUUGAUGUGCUGAUCUUUAUUAGAAUGUUUAUCUGUCAGAUGCCUUACACAUGUAGAUCUUUUUCUAAAAUAAAC